AUGGAGUCGAAUUCGUUCGCUACGGCUCCUUCGACUGCUGGUGACGUCGCUCGCAUAGCCUGGGAACGCGCCAACGAGGUGAAUGAGAUUUCAGACGAGUAUCUCAAGUAUAAUGUUGCAGUGCAUCAGUCCAUAGUCAACGCUAAGCCCUGGACCAACGACCCGCACUAUUUUAAAUCCGUCAACAUUUCCGCCGUCGCUCUACUUAAGAUGCUUAUUCAUGCUCACUCUGGCGGAGUGUACGAGAUAAUGGGAAUACUGAUCGGUAAAGUUGCCCAUGAGACCAUGAUUGUUAUGGAUUCCUUUCCCUUGCCUGUACAGGGGACGGAGACUCGAGUCAAUGCACAGUCUGAAGCAUAUGAAUUUAUGGCCUUGUACACCGAGUUGGUUGCGAAGGUGGGUCGCCGCGAGAACGUGCUCGGAUGGUACCACUCUCAUCCUGGUUAUGGGUGCUGGCUCUCUGGAAUUGAUGUGUCCACUCAGCACACUAAUCAAACUUACCAAGAACCUUUCGUUGCCAUUGUAAUUGACCCAACCAGGACUGUUUCCUAUGGAAAGGUUAACCUGGGUGCGUUCCGCACCUACCCUGAAGGCUAUAAACCGCCAGAUGAGGGACCGUUAGAAUAUCAAUCUAUACCCAUGGAUAAGAUUGAGGACUUUGGAGUUCAUUGUAAGCGUUACUACUCGCUUGACGUGAGUUACUUUAAAUCAUCCCUGGAGAAGAACAUCAUUAACAUGUUGUGGAACAAAUAUUGGGUGAAUGCUCUCAAUUCUGACAGCACUAUUGCUCAAUCAAAUCACUUGACCGACCUAACGAGAGAUCUUGCUGAUAAGGUCGAGAACGCCGUUGAUCGGAUGAAUUCUGACAACGGACGACUCCAGGAUAAACUGGCUAAAUGCGCUAAGGAUGCAGCAAAAAUUUCACUGGAACAAGUUAAUGCCAUUGUUGGGCACAUGAUCAAAGAUGAUAUCUUCAAGGUUUAUUAA